UCGCUGCGCUUACCAUGAGUCCGGCGUGAGCACAGCCGACGGCACGGACAUCUCCAUGGUGCAGGACGGCGGCAUGUCACGCACACCUUACAGCUCCAGCCAAGACAUCCAGAUGGAAGUCUUAGACAACCCCGGCCUGCAGGGGAAAUACAGCAAAAGGAAGAACCGUUUCAAACGCUCUGAUGGCAGCACCUCCUCUGACACGACCUCAAACAGUUUCGUCAGGCAGGGUUCUGCUGAAUCCUAUACCAGUCGUCCAUCUGACUCUGAUGUGUCACUGGAGGAAGACCGCGAGGCCCUGCGCAAGGAGGCAGAACGCCAAGCCCUGGCACAGCUGGAAAAAGCCAAGACCAAGCCAGUGGCAUUUGCUGUGAGGACGAAUGUUGGCUAUAAUCCUUCCCCCAAUGAUGACGUGCCAGUGCAAGGCAUGUCUAUUUCCUUCGAACCCAAAGACUUCCUUCAUAUCAAAGAGAAGUACAACAAUGACUGGUGGAUCGGACGACUGGUCAAAGAAGGCUGUGAGGUCGGCUUCAUCCCCAGCCCCGUCAAGCUGGAGAACAUGAGGAUGCUACAAGAGCAAAAGAUGAGGCAGCACCGGCUCAGCUCCAGUAAAUCAGGAGACAAUUCCACCUCCAGCUUGGGAGAUGUGGUGACAGGCCCCCGGAGACCCACCCCACCUGCCAGUGGUAACUUGGACAUGGUUAACUUAGCUUAUGACUCAGAUGGCAUUGACUUAGAGGAGGAGGAGGAGGAGGCGGCAACUGAUGAAAACCACCGAACCCCUAAGACUAGUGUUAGCAGCGUCACAACACCCCCCUCCACCACCAAGCGCAUCCCCUUCUUUAAGAAGGCAGAGCACGUGCCGCCCUAUGACGUGGUCCCUUCCAUGCGGCCCAUCAUUCUUGUGGGCCCAUCCUUGAAGGGGUAUGAGGUGACAGACAUGAUGCAGAAAGCUUUGUUCGAUUUCCUGAAACGGCGAUUUGAUGGCAGAAUAUCCAUCACACGUGUGACUGCUGAUAUCUCCUUAGCCAAGCGCUCAGUCCUCAACAACCCUAGCAAACACACCAUCAUUGAGCGCUCCAGCACCCGUUCUAGCCUGGCAGAAGUACAGAGUGAGAUAGAGCGUAUCUUUGAGUUGGCCCGUACACUGCAGCUGGUAGCCCUGGAUGCUGACACCAUCAAUCACCCAGCUCAAUUGUCCAAGACAUCAUUGGCACCAAUUAUUGUCUAUAUCAAGAUAUCUUCCCCCAAGGUGCUGCAGAGAUUGGUGAAAUCUAGAGGCAAAUCCCAGGCCAAGCACUUGAAUGUACAGAUGGUGGCAUCAGACAAACUGGCGCAAUGCCCUCCAGAGAUGUUUGACAUCAUCCUAGAUGAAAACCAGUUGGAAGAUGCCUGUGAGCACCUGUCUGAGUACCUGGAAGCCUAUUGGAAGGCCACGCAUCCUCCCAGCAGCAACCCACCCAAUCCCCUGCUGACCCGCACCAUGGCAACAGCUGCCCUGGCUGCUAGCCCCGCCCCAGUCUCCAACCUCCAGGUACAAGUGCUGACCUCACUCAAGCGCAACCUGGGGUUCUGGGGCGGGAGGGGCAGCCUGGACCAGGGGCUGAGUGGAGCCGUCCGGGUGGAGGAGCAUGAGUUGUAGCUUUCCGAAAAACCCAAGAUGCUGCUCCAGGAAGGAGAAAUGAGCACAGGGAAGCUCAGUUGAUGAGGCUUCUCCACACCCACAAAGGACUUGUUGGUGCUGCUGUUCAGUAAACGUGAUCUUUCUCUUCUCCCUCCUUACACUUCAAUGAGGAACUGCCCAGCUAAAGUCUCCCCCACCCUACCUCUCUCAAACCCAUACUGAUUUUGAUGAAAGGAUGAGCUCACCACAUCGCCCAUACGUCUCUCGUCCCACGGCCUUUGUCUUUCCAGCAAUGCUUCCUGGGACAUGAGAGAAGCCUCUACUUAUGAAUGGUGGGUCCAUAUCUUAGGGCAGGUAUUGUGGGCGGUUUCAGACAGGCGUGACAUGGCCUCAUGAGUUCCAUCAGGAGCAACAACUUUCCUCCAUCUCUUCAUGGAGACCCACAGAAACCAGCCAGCUUCCCUGCAAGUAUGUCUAUGUGAAUAUAGCGGCUGGUUCACUGUGUCGCAGAGAAGGCCGUGAGUAGUCAUUUUGCUCUGGGCCUGGUACCUAUUUUCCAUUCUCUUACACAGGAUGAAUUUAGGCAACUGCUUCCCACCUCAGCCUCCAACAGGCAGUGGUGUCCUGUCAAUAAAUGGCAGGAAUUCAGUGGACCUUGGUUAUCUACAGGGGUCUGGAAGGGCUUUGUGGCCCACAUUCUGGAUAGUGUGCCAACAUGCCUUGCUUGCAGCAAAGCCUGUCCUUUGUUGGGACCUCAUCAAGACAACAACUAGCUCCUCAACUCUCAGGUUCCUUCCAGAGGGUGGGUUUUGUUUUUUAUCAUGCCAUUACCCUGCCUCAGUCUCUGAAUUCUAUGGGAGAGUCUAGACAAAUGUCAUCUUCCACUUGGAACCUUCCCCUGUUUUCCCGCCACUUCUUCCGUCUUUUUUCUUACCACAAAAAAAAUGCGGAGUAGAAAAAGACGAAAUCGCGCUACAAUGCCUUCUAGUUCUUAGCACUAGGAGUCC